AUGAAGAUGAAUUAUUCUGCCAUGGCUGAAUUCUUUCUGAUGGGGCUUUCCCAAUACCCAGAACUCCAGCUUUCUCUAUUUGUGGUCUGUCUCAUCAUGUACAUAAUAAUCCUCUUUGGAAAUAGCCUCCUCAUUCUCAUCAGCAUCUUGGAUUCUCGCCUCCACACUCCUAUGUACUUUUUCUUGGACAUUUGUUAUACAUCAUCAUCAAUUCCUCCCAUGCUCAUUAUGUUUAUGUAGAAGAGAAAAUCCAUUUCCUUUCUUGGCUGUCCUCUGCAAGUGGUUAUCUCCCUUGGGUUGGGUUCUACUGAGUGUGUCCUCCUGGCUGUGAUGGCCUAUGAGGUAUGCAACCCACUGAGGUACUCCAUCAUCAUGAACAAGGUAUUAUAUGUACACAUGGCUGUGUGGUCUUGGGUGAUAGUCUGUCUGAACUCCUUAGUACAAACAGUACUGACAAUGGUGUUACCUUUCUGUGGUAAUAAUGUCAUUGAUCAUCUUUCCUGUGAGAUUCUGGCUUUUCUUCAACUUUGCUCAGAUAUCUCCAUGAAUGUACUUAUCAUGACAGUGGCAAGUAUUGUUUUAUUGGUGAUCCCUCUACUGUUAAUUUUUGUGUCCUAUAUUUUCAUUCUCUCUUCCAUCCUGAGAAUUAAUUCUACUGAGGGGAGAAAGAAAGCCUUAUCUACCUGUUCAGCCCUCCUGACUAUGGCCAUCUUAUUCUAUAGUUCAGUCCUUUUUAUGUACAUGAAGCCCAAGUCAAAGUUUACCAAAGCAUCUGAUGAAAUCAUUGGACUGUUUCAUGGAGUUAUAACCCCAAUGUUGAACCCCAUCACCUAAAGCCUGAGGAAUAAGGAGGUGAAAGAAGCUGUGAAGAAAAUCUUGAGCAGAAAUUUUCAUUUAUGGAAAACAUAG